AUGAAGCUGUUGGUGCUCAUCCUUCUGUCGGCCCUGCAGGCCAUCUCCUCGGCCAGCCCGCAGGACAUCGUGAAGAAGAGCAUCCAGCACAGAAAAGUGUCCUUGUUGAAUCCAGAACUGAAGGACCAGAUUCCUGAAAUCAUCAGUAGCAAAGUUGUUUUUGGUCCCUUAACUCCAGUCGACUUGGAACAGCAGCAGGACCUACCUUCAUCAUUUCUCUUCGGUGAUAACGUGAACCUGAAGUGGCUCACCUGGGAUGGCUUUCUGCCAAAUGGUGCUGUUUCCAUCUAUAAUGGCUACACCAAGAGAACCGACUACGUCUGCAAGUACCAGUGUGAGGCCGGCUUCUACAACCCUAGUCUCGGCCCGUACUGCCGAUACCCUUAUGGAGAUCGCGAGUACUAUGCCGCUAAGUUUGAGAUACUAACCAACAAAGAUAACUUUGAGUUUCUAGAGUGGAAAGGAGGUUCCUAUGGCUCUGUGCCAAAUCAUUCAGUGAAAACCUGUGCAGGUGGUGGUAUCUUUGUUGGAAAGAACAAGUAUGGUCUUGGAAAGGUUGUCCCUCAGUUUGAGGCCUUCUUCCUGCCUUGGGAAGGUGAUGAAUACUGGUACAAGAACUAUCAGGUUCUUACCAUCAACAGGGAUGCGUACACUCAGCACAUCACUGAUGUCAAGUAUGGCAUUGACGAGGUCGCCAUCUUUCAGUAUCCUCCUGAAACGAUGCGUAUCUCCGGAGUCACCAACAAUGAGUGCCAGGCCAUUGUGAAAACAGCCACCAUCUCCAAGACCUCAGAAGUGGAGACGACCUGGAACAUUGGCAGAACGACUAUGAUGGGCAUCACCAGCAGCAUCACAGCCAAUAUCCCUCUCAUCGGAUCCGCUGGCAUUGAGAUGAGCGUAGAGAAAACGCUGCAGUUCUCCAGAGGUACCACUGUGGUGGAAUCGCUUAGCCACUCAGUGUCGGUUGAGCUCACAGUACAACCGAACCACUCCUGCAGCGUACGAAUGGAGGGGAGGAAGAUUAAAGCAGACAUCCCCUUCACUGCUCGUCUGAGCAGAACAUACCGUAACGGUCAGACGCGGUCGACGACUGACUCAGGGAUGUACGAUGGAGUUCAGAUCGGAGAAGUCCGGGCCGUAGUGGAUCGUUGUGAACCUGUGGCUGAUGCCAAGCCCUGCCCCUGA